AUUUUGACUACCUUCCUGAUUAACUCUUUACUUAAAACAUCACGAAAGGUAACACAACUUUCCAAAAGCUUACAAUUAUACAAAACGUUACAAUCAUACGACCAAAAACAAAUGUUAGAUUUAAUUUUUUUGUAUGCACAAUAAAUUUAUAUAGUUUCCGUUACAAAGACUACAACGGAUAUAUUUAAUACCACAAUUAUAUCUAUACCCAACACAAUGAACCAACAAGUUGAGAUGAAAGAUUUUAUUGAUGGGUAGAUAAAAACUAUAGGUUAUAUUUAUCAUAAUGAUGAAUAAAUCUAUAACGGUGGAAUUCACAUGAAGCUCACCAAUUUCACCUAUAUACUUUGCUCUCACGACAGACUCCUAAAAAAGACCCCAAAUUUAGCAAACAAUGGAAGCCUUGUGGAAGUUGGAGGAGAAACUGAAGCUAACUACGAAAGAAGCUGUUGUGAUCUUGGUCGGAACAGCGGCUGCGGUAACGUUACUUUGCAUAGCUGCAGCGUUUCUCAGCCGCAAUUCUCGUGGGAAGCAAGUAGCAGACGCAGAGUGGGCGUCCGAAACAGCGUUUGCGUCAAGGACUAUGGAGGAAAAGAGGAAAUGUAAGUGGAGCAAAGUGAAGAAAACGUUGAUGGGUUCGUUUUGUUGGAGCUCUGCAGCUAAGUGGAUGGAGAUGGAAACAAGGCGGCCGCCACCAUUGCUUGCGGCUAAAGAAAGGAGUCUUAACGCCGUUGAUCCUGUUUGGCAGCGACCGAUUCUGAUGGGUGAGAAAUGUGAAUUGCCGCGGUUUAGCGGCCUUAUAUUGUAUGAUGAACGCGGCCAUCCGCGUCAUCAUCCUCAACUUCAAGAACAAGUAAAACAAAUUUCUGUGGUAAGAACAACGCUGAGAGAUUUGCUUUGAUAGUGGUUUUCUCUACAAGGAAGUCUCUUGAAGUUUCGUGUACUACAAGUUAAAAACCACAAUGAAUUAAAGGUCAGAUUCUGAAAAUGCAAAAAAACAUCUGUAUGUAUCAAUGUCUUAUGUGAUGUAGAUGCAAAUCUUCUUUCCUUUGUUUUUUGUGUUUUUGAUUGCUUAGAGGUAAAGGAAAAGCAAAAUCUUACGAACAAACAUUUGCUCAAAAUAGAUGGUUUGUGUGUGUGUGUUUUUGAUUGCUUGGAGGGACAGAGAAAGUGGAAAUCUUAUGAACAAACAAUAGAAUAGUCUUUAACAAA